AAAUGCAGUAUAUUUAUUACUCAAUCAUUAUUUUGUUAACUUUUGACAUUUCUACAGUAAUCUCAGCGAAAUUGAUAAAAAUCGAACCAAUUGAUUAUAAUGUGGAAAUAGAUAAAACAUUGGAAGGAAUCGAAAGUUCAGUUCGAAAUCAAAGUAUUUCCGAUUUUUCCACGUAUUUUUCUGAAAGCUUUGACGCCAACGAGUGGUAUCGUAAAUUCAUGGGAAAAUUGACUCCAGAACAGGCGUGUACUUAUUCGCUCUCUCGAUUUGUUGAUGUAAAAGAUGGCAAACUAGUCCAAUUCACUGAAUCAGUCACCUUGAGUGAUUCUGUGACACGUCGAACCCCAUUCAAUGCAGUUCUUACUGAAAUCCAAUUGGAGACUGAGAAGAGACUUGUGAUCGACUCUCUAACUGUGCACGAUGGUCAGCCAGCCGAUGAAGAAGAACAUUGAAAUCUCACGAAAUCUUUCAUGAUGUUUCAACAAAAUAAACAAUAAUGAUGACAAUC